AUGGUUGCAACGAGAGAAGGUUCUUACUUGGAACUUUAUAACAAAAAGUUCGACCUACUAGUUGUUAGCGCCAACGCUCCUGGCAUUAGUCCUCUGGCGGGAAGAUUGGAGGCAUCUGGAUACUUCAACUUCCUCUGCCUCACAGAGGAACUUGUCAGGAGCGAGGAACAGCUGCUCUCACUGCUGCAACGCGGCGAGAAGAACCGGCAGGUGCGCCGCACGCCCGUGAAUGAUCGCAGCUCCCGAUCCCACGUCUUCAGAAUCUUGAGAGUCCUUCAGCCGUACGGUCAUGAACAUCAUCAGCUGAUUUACGGCAAACUUGCUCGGAGUGGCAUCAUCGCGGAGGAGCGGCCGUCACAGGGCUACGUGGCAGCAGCGUCACACCUCGUCAUCGCGGACCUGGUGGGGUCUGAGAACGCGUCGCACACCGGCAUCCUUGACGACAUCAGAGAAGAGGGCAUCCACAUCAAUUGGGACAUCUCAGUUCUCAAGAAAGUCAUCAGAGAGCUCAAUUUUUUAAGGAGCGAACGGUUGGCGGGAACAAAGGGCCGGGAAGACUGUCGAGAUGGAAACGUGACAGUGUCAGUGACAGGAGUGGCGUUGACGGGAGCGGGUAAGAACGCAGACGGGAGCGGGGACGUGAGUAGAGACGGUAGUGGGGACAAGAGCGGGGACGGGAGAAGGGACGGUGGUGAGGACAAGAGCGGGGACGGGAGCAGGGACGGUGGUGAGGACAAGAGCGGGGACGGGAGCAGGGACGGUGGUGAGGUCAAGAGCGGGGACCGGAGCAGGGACGGUGGUGAGGACAAGAGCGAGGACGGGAGCAGGAACGGAGCGAGGACAGGGGCAGGGACUGGAGCGGGGAAAGGAGCAGGGACUUGA